AUGUCUGCUAAUAAAUCAAUUUUGAAGAAAAAGGAGAGCGCACAAGUAAAAAGAGAAGCCCAAUUAAACGAAUGGUCUAAGGAUCUUUUACUAGAAGCGAAAAGUCGGUUGGAAUACGACAACUUUGUAUUGGAAUGGGUUGAAAAACUGGUGGAUCCCGUCGAUGAACACACGUUGAAUGAAGCUCGUGAAUAUCUGAAAAAAUCAGAUUAUGAUCAAAUUGUCAAGGAACGAAAGCUCGCUCAUAUAUGCGGCUAUCCCAUUUGUAACAACGCGCCCCGACAACAAACGCGUUUUCGCCUUGAAAAUCAAGGAAUGGUUCGUUAUGCUGGACUGAAUUAUUAUUGUUCCAAGGAUUGCUUUUUGAAAAGUUGCGAUUUUAUGGUGAAUCUGAGUGACGAGCCUCUUUGGAUUCGCGAACGAGCGCGACGAAUCCUGCAACAUCGCUUUGAUCCGAAAAAAGAAGCAAACUUUCAAGCACGACUUGAAUCCGAAGACGUGGAGCAUGUACGCUUGUUGCUGCAAGGGCUUCCUGUCGGUUCCAAAGGCGUUGUCGGUGACAUCGUCGAACAUCCUCCAAAUUCAGCAGAAAAAAAUCAAAAACCAAGUUGA